UUGGUGUAGGUGUGUGUUGUGUCGCUUAGUGUAGGUGUGUGUGUUGGUAUUGUGCGGUGUGUUCCAAUUACUGUUGAGUGACCGCUGACUCCUGUACACCAACUGUUUGCUCUCCGCCACCACGGACUCAGUGAAGUACUUUAGGCCAUAAGUACACAUCCCUCCACCAAGGACCAGUGCAGUGUUACGACUUUAGUACAUAUCCAGUCACCACGGACCAGAGUAGUACUUAUAAGCUACAAUUACAACCCUUCCCUCACCACAGACAAGAGUAGUACCCCCCCACCACGGACCAGUGCAGCUCACACCCCCACAGGUACACACACCUGACCUCACAGUACAAGAGAGAUCACACUUCUCGUCUCACCACCCUGAACGUCGAUCCCCCGCCUCCCUCCAAAAUACUCACUACAGAUCCACCAAAUACUCAACUCAACCACGCACACCUGUGAUGACCAUUCAACCAAACACGUGUCAUAAGUAUUAAAGUAUAUAGUGUCUUCAAGUAUCGGAACCAAGAAGAUAAAUACAACUUCAUACAAGAUCAUUAACUCUGUCUAUACACUAUUAAGAGAGUAAAGGUUGAUACUAAGUUAAUAUACUGUUAUUUACUUGUAUUUAUAUAUUAAGGUUACAUCACAACAUCACGUAUAUCGUCCCCCCCCCAGCAUAAACUGACUACCUGUUCAAGAAUCAUUUCCACUGGCCAAGGGAGACAUCAACCAUUGAAAUAUGUAAACACGCAGUAACAGGAACUGAUGCACAAUGGGACUUAUUCAGCGGAGAGGAUCCUUCGUCUCCCUACUACUUCUCCUCAACCUUGGCUACACCGUCUCCUUCAGGCCACACCGUGAUGUCCUCCUCAGCACCCAGGACUCUGAGGGACAAGGUGACUUUGGGCUGGCACAGGAGGGGUGGAGGAAUAAGAAGGAUGCAACUUGGACAGAGGAGGAUAGACAGAGUUUUGGUGAGGCUGUAGAGGCUGUCCACGGCCCUCGUAUUGGAAGACGGAAGCCAUACGUGCCCUUCAAUAGUCUGACAUUCGUUACGGCUAAUAAUGACGUUGGAUCCUUUGACUGGGCUCUGAGUAACGAGAGUGAUAUACGCCAGAAGAUUGCCGGGAGUAAACUGGCGGGCAAAAGACCAAUCUCAAAAAGACCCUCAACAACAGCCUCACUUUCCUUCGUAUCUACCAAACCUAAGACAACAACCACUCAGAUACCUACAGCCACUCCAGAUACAUCAACAGCAGUACCACAUACCACUCAGGCAUACAUAACGAUACCGGAAAUACCAGAAACAACUUUACUAGGUACACAGAAACCUACGUACCAAUCACCCAGCCUCACCACUACAUCAGCAUCCAGACGACCUACUACCAGGGUAUCAACAUAUGCCCCCAAGACCACUACCAUCACCGCUACCACCACCCAGCCUCUGACAACAGAACAUAUCACAACGGAGACACCAACACUCUCUACUUGGCUUCCACCUUCUAUGACAUUUCAUUCGCCACAUAGUCCCUCUUCCUUCACACGAUUCCCUUCCAACAAAAGACCCACGAUCAAGAUUCCUUCAACCACACGUCAACCAUCAACCAUAGAUGAGUCUUCUCUUACCACAUGGUCCACGAUCAAGAUUCCUUCAACCACACGUCAACCAUCAACCAUAGAUGAGUCUUCUCUUACCACAUGGUCCACGAUCAAGAUUCCUUCAACCACACGUCAACCAUCAACCAUAGAUGAGUCUUCUCUUACUAGAUGGUCCACGAUCAAGAUUCCUUCAUCCACACGUCAACCAUCAACCAUAGAUGAGUCUUCUCUUACUAGAUGGUCCACGAUCAAGAUUCCUUCAUCCACACGUCAACCAUCAACCAUAGAUGAGUCUUCUCUUACCACAUGGUCCACGAUCAAAAUUCCUUCAACCACACGUCAACCAUCAACCAUAGAUGAGUCUCCUCUUACUACAUGGUCCACUUCAACUAUAUGGCACCAUCCUUCCACCACAAAAUCCCCUUCAACCAUAAUGCUCGAUCCAACAACCAAACCAAGUCUAACGCCAUGGGUCCCUCUAUUUACAAAGGCCCCAACAACCACAAGGGCCCCAACAACCACAAGGCCUCCAACAACCACAAGGCCCCCAACAACCACAAGGCCCCAACAACUACAAAAGCCCCCAACUAAGGCCCCCAACAACUAG